AGAGAGAGAGCGAGAACGAGAGCGUAGCUGCAUGUGAGACAGAGGGGGAGGUGAACACAAGGAGGACCUGAAAAGGGGCUGUACAAACUAGCCAUCACAUACACACCGAAGCACUUGGGACUACAGGAAAUCGCAGUUGAGAGGAAGGUCACUGACUCUUUGUAUCCUGGCAGCAGAGAAGGUUCAUCCAGUGGCCAUUCAUUUCUAUGACACAACUAGAGGUUAAGACAUUAAGCCCUGUCUGGAUAUACCAUAUACUUGCUCGAGGAGUCUCUUUGGACCUAAUCUGAAACAAGCAAAUAAACUAUAUGUCAGCUCUGAUGGUGGGUUAGAGAUCAUAUCACUCGGCUUAACUACAGAAACCAUCUGUUUAGAAUACAAACAUAUGGAUUGAGCCUUGCUUCAAAGUUUAGCGAUUACAAUAGCUGCAGUCAGAACGUUUGGACGACCUUUCAGCUGAAUGUGUUUUUUCAUGUGCUAAUGAAACGACAGGAAAGCACCAAGCGCUGCCCUUCAUCUUGACAUUGUUGAAACGUUUUAAAAGCAGGGGCUACGCGUGCCUUUAAAGAAACAGUCUCUCUCGGAAGGAUUGCGAUAAACUCGAGGGGCAUGUUUUGGUGACUGACUCAAAAAGAAAGACAAAUAUCUGGAUAAGAGAUCGAAAACAGACGCAAAUAGAACAGCGGAUAAUCUUUGCUCUAGUUGCAAAAGAGCAUAUCCAAGUUGUGAAAUUUUCUUGGUACUUUUCCAUGGGAACUGGUCCAGCGUGCAUUGAGAAGUACCUCCAGGGAGGUCUUGUUAGAGUUUGACUAAUAUUGUGUGGAUUGAAAGCAAAAGUGCAUUUCUCAGCUCAUCUCUGGGCGGUAGCAGGUCUACUCCAAAGGAUUACCGUGAAGAAAACGUCCAGCAAAAUGUAGAGCUUUGACUUUGAUCCUGCUUUUGAUCCUUGUUUCUUCACAAUUCGGGAAGCAUAAAACAUCCAGGGGAACCCGAAACCACCUUUUUUCCAAGCCAAACUUACGCCCCAGCUGAGAAAAAGAAAGCUUUUUUCACACCCAGGCAAGUGUGCCGGUUAAAAGGGGGCUAAGCAAAAGAAGAGUCUCUUACACGAGGACGGAGCGACGCAGCCGGGAUGGAGUGCAAGCAUGUGCCUGCAAGAAGAGGGGACAGCUGGGGUGGGCCUACUACUACAACAUCCUCCACCCUCGACAAGACCGGAGCAAAGACGUCCCUGGAGAGGCACAGUACUAACAUCCUGGAGAAAGAUGACCACUGUGGGGUCAAAACAAAGCCAGGCUUGACGUCUUGCCAGAUGGAGCGGAAAACAAACCUCAGCAGAAGUGCCAGUUUGUCGGAGAAGGAGCUGAAAGAGGCACGUACCAAGAGUCAGAUCAUUGCUGCUCAGCUCCAGGCCAAUUCCAACUCUAAAGGCGUACAACUUUUCAACCGUCGCAGACAGAGAGUGAACGCUUUCACGCUUGUGAGUGUCGGAGGAGGGGGAGAAGAGGCAUCUGAGAAUGUAAUUGAUUCAUCUACUGAAAGUCCACAGAGGUGGGACAAACAGCACUCGACCGCGGAACAGCACAUAGAGUUGAAUCACAGGAACCUCAAGACAGGUCUAACGUGGUCGGCUGGCAGAAUCCUCAGUACUGGGUGCGACAUGGAAGAUGCUAGCAAGGUUAUGCGGGAGGAUGUAGCAGAGGAAAGUGGCCAAGAAAGACACUUUCUACCCGUCAAUGAGAAGGAUGAAGAGCUCUCAGAAGACCUCACAGAGGAUGUGAAGGAUGAGAUUACUCUUAGAAGUGACAAUACCCUUGUUGUUAUGAACAGAACUGGUCAGGAUGAAGCUGAAGCCAAUGAAGCGCACAAUAAAGAAAUUGUGAAUGGAUAUAGUAUGCAGUGCAAUGGAAAAGCAGCCAAGACGGUGACUAAACAGCCCACCAUUAUAAACAGAACAGCUCGGCCAUUUUUCUCCCCGACAACAGUAGGAUCCUCAGAAACUGCAAGUCCAGGCGUGGACAUCCCUCCAGCCCCAUCCCAUGACACCACAACACACUUUGUACCACAACCUUCAACUUACCCAGUACACGCAAGACCAGUUUUCUCGCCACCACCACCUCCACCUUCAUAUCCGACUCCUCCUCUCCCUAGCUACUCCAGCCCUCCUCCACCUGAUGCAGCCCAUACUCCCUCACCCCAACCUUCUUCCUACUACGUCCGCCCAUCUGCCCCGAGGCCUACAUUUGCUCCUGAACUCUUGAGCGAGAAGAGAUCCACAACACCCAUCAAAACGGGCAUCCUCGAUGAGGGUCGGGCUCGCCGAGCAACCCGCAAAUCGAUGUUCACAUUUCAGGAGAAGCCAAAAGUGACUCCGAAUCCCGAACUCCUGUCCUUGGUGCAGGGUGCAGAUGAAAAGAAGAAACCGAAACCCCAGCCAGAUGCGGCGCAGGAGGAGGAGCUGCUGGCUCUCGGGGCUGAAGCCUCAAACUUCCAGGCCAAGGAUGAGGACGUUCACGAGGAAGCAUUGGUGCCAGAGUGGGCCUCGAGUUUGAAAAGCUCCAGGACGCGUGCCAGGAUGGAGCACAAGCCAGAGCAAGCCCUGACUAAUGCUUCAGGAAAAGGAGCUGAACUGUUUGCCAAACGCCAAUCAAGAAUGGAAAGGUAUGUCCAUGGCAACAAGGAGCUGAGAUCUCCCUCUCCUACCAUGUCCUUGCCUCCUUCGUGGGUGUAUCCAUCCAACAUGCCCGGUCGAGUAAAGGCCAUAGUGAACACCUCCAACAUAAGUGCGCAAAUUUCAAAGACACUUCAAGCUCAGCAGGCUACUCAGAAAAAGACUGUCCCUGCCAAAACGCCAGUACCCGCUCCGGCUCCACCACCAGAGAUACCCUUGGAGAAUGGUUGCACUAAAAUCGAGAUGGAGCUAUCCAGACAUCAGCCGUACCAGCUCAACUCAUCCCUCUUCAUCUUCAACCCAACGAAAGAUCCCUACAGCACCCUUCCCAGAGCCGCCCCAGCUCCUAAACCUGUCAUGACAGCCCACACCUGCUCCAGACAAUCAUCCCUUCCAAUAAGCCCAUUGCCAUCACCAUACAGCCCGUCUGCCGGCUAUCGAUCAACCCAUUGCUUUUCGCCUCCAAUGACGCCUCUCAGUUCCAUCACAGCAGGCAGUGUCAGUUCCCCAGUGUCUCCUUUAGCUCCAGAACGUGUGGCUUCACCUCGCUCUGGCGUCCAAACUCCACGUCCUACGUUCUCCGCCAAAAAAGCUGGUAUCACCCCACAGAUUAAGGAGGAGAUCCCAGAACCAGUUACUAGCCCCGGCUCCACCACCCCAACCUCCAGGACGCCCAACCUGACUCGACGCUUCACCAGCCCUGAGGUGCUUUCCACUGCUGUCUGGGCCCCCAGCAGCCCUCUAGCGACCUCUACAUCAUCCAGCCCCAUCUACAAGCCCACACCAAUCUCCCCCUCCCCCCGACCCAUCCAUAAGCCCGUCGCGACAUGCCCUUCCCCAAGCCCUAUCCACAAACCCAUUGCAACCACUUCAUCUCCAGGUACCAUCUUCAAGCCGACUGCCACCUCUCCUGUGUCUCCACCCUGGGAAACCAGGUGCCAGUCCCCGGCCACCAUCCAGGACACCAAAGCCAACCACCGCAUUUUGGCCAAAAACAUCAUCAAUGCCGCCAAGCGGAAAAACAGUCCGUCUCCCGGGGCGCUGAGUGGGCGCAGUCUGCCCAUCUCCCCCGUGAACGGCGGGAUUGUGUCUUAUGAACACAAGCCUGCCAGUCCCUUUCAGCCACGGAUGCUGGGGGCUCAGUCGCCCACCCUUACCAGUCCGUCACCCACCCGCAUGAUCCACUCUCCGGUGCGUUUGUACAACACCCGCUCGCUGACCGACUCCGACGCCUCGGUCGAGUCUGAGGAUUCAGGUCUGCGCUCUCCUGGAGUGCGCAGCUACAACACCUGCCCCCGUGGCUGGACCGGCGGUCUGCAGGUGAAGAGGGGAGGCCUGCCUGAAGAUCUGUAGGAAGCACUUAAGGAUGAUUUAUACUUCAGCCUGAUUUCGUUGCAGACCAAAGUGUCCCUUAAAUAUUGAAUGUAAAAAUACAGCAUUGUGAAUUUGCAGUACAUGGCUAAACAUCGCCAACAGUACAGUAUUGUUGACUGUGUGAUGGGAUCUAUACAAGAUAAGAAAUACACUAUUGUUCAAAAGUUUAGUCACUUUUUUUUUUAAAAGAAAUUAAUACUUUUAUCCAGCAAGGAUGCAUUAAAAUGAUCAAAAGUGACAGUAAAGACUUUUAUAUAGUUACAAAGUUUAAAUUAAAAAAAUUUUAAUUAAUUUAAAUGCUGUUCUUUUGAACUUUCUAUCCAUCGGAGAAUCCUGAAAAAAAUGAUCAUGGUUUUCACCGAUAAAAAUAAGAAAUGUUUCUUAAGAAUCAAAUGUUGCUGAAAAUUCAGCAUUGCCAUUAGAGGAAUAAAUUACAUUUUAUAAUAUAUUUAAAUAGAAAACAAUUAUUUUUAAUUGUAAUAAUAUUUCACAAUAUUACUGUUUUUACUGUAAUUUUAAUCAAAUAUAUGCAGCCUUGGUGAGCAUAAGAGCUCAUUAAAAAAAAAAAAUCUUACCAACCCCAAACUUUUGAACAGUAGUGUAGAUCACCUAAAAUGAAAAUUCUGUCAUCAUUUACUCACCCCACAUGUUUACUUAAACUAAUAUGACUUUCUUUUUAUGUAAACACAAAAAUGAGGUGUUUAACAGAAUAUUCACGUUGCUCUUUAUCAUAUGAAAGUGAAUGAGACUGAUGCUGGAAUAUGACUACACUGUAAAACCUGAUAAGUUAUGGUAACUCAAACCAUUUGAGGAAACUAAUUGCCUUAAACCAUUUAAGUUUUGAAAACCAAUAAGUAUGAGUACUGUAAACUCAAUAGUUAAAUUCACUUAUAUUUCAGUGAUGGUUUAGUCAAUCAUUAGAGUAAACUCAACUUAAAGAUUUUAAGUUUAUUCCACUCAUUCAGUCUUAACAACUAUAUAGCUACUUAAAUGGUUUAAGGAAACUGAUUGCCUUAAAUAGUUUAAGUUAAUCAAACUCAAAGUAAUAAAGUUACAUAAGACUAAGCAAAAACUAACAUUGGUACAAAGCAAUGAUGACAGAACAGGAGUGACUUAUGCUAUAUUCCAAGUCUUCUGAAGCCAUCUUACUUACUUUCAGAAUUUAAGCUGAAAAUGUUCCCUUCUAUUUCAGAUUAAAUCAUAUUAGAUCAAUUAAAAUUGACUACUUUUAUAGUGCCUGUUGUCAUUGCUGGAGACUGACAGCAUAUUCUUGUUUGGUCUAUGGAAGAAAGAAAGAUUUGAUCAGGGUCAUAUGAUUUUGCAACAACAUGAGGGUGAAUAAAUUAGAACAAAAUUUUUAUUUUUAGAGUGAACCUUUCCUGUAACCUCACAUAUGCAGCAGUCUGUAAUCUAAUGAAGGCAUUACAUGGACUCAGAAAGGUGUACCAAAGAAUUUCAAUGCUUAUUACCAAAGAUAAAAAGUAAUGUGCAAGACUUUUCAAAGCAGUAUUAGUUAUUAACCUCGUUAAAAAAAAAAAAAAAAAAAAAAAAAUCUGCAUAAAUAUAAAAGGGACUGACCCUUUUGCUUUUUGUACAGUAUGUUUUGACAAUGUGUGAGAGUAUUGGAAUGUGACACUAUUCAUAAGUCCGACUCAAGUCAAACUUGGAAGGAACUGACUGCUUAUUGCUUAUUGUGUCAGUUUAGAUGUAAAGGCAGAACGACACAGCAAGGUUUUUACGGUAUGAGUGAGAAGGUAGGGAAUUUACUACAUUACAUAUACUAUAAAUGGAAGAUGCUAGUGAUUUGAAAUCCAAUGCGGUUUCCAUAUUAGUUUAGUGCUGACAUACAUGACAGAAACAAAAUAGGUGGUCUGAUGCACAGACAGAAGAGAGGUGAAAAUAUAAAGCAUUAGGAGGUCUGUACAGUGUGAUUUCAUGUGAAAUGUAGGAAUAACAUGACUGAACUGAAUUUCAGUGUUCAUUAAUGCACCUUGCUUAUUAGUUAUAAUUCAGUUUCCCAAGAGGGCAAAACAGGAGAAGAGAGAAUUCUUGCUGAGGUUAACUGGCAGUAUAUACAGUACAAGUUAAUGUUCACAUAGAAUUUCAGUAUAUCACAUAGAAGGGACUCUGGUUUUAGGGUGACUGAGUACUCUGUUGGUACAGUAAGGAGAGAUAGUUGCUUUUUUACACAUUUCACACAGAUAUAUUUCAUGGGUCACUUGUAAGGUUUAUCAUAUUUUUAAACACCUCUGUCAGAUUGUCUACAGCAUGCAUUACACUCGACUGGUAUAUUUUUACACUCUGUAUACUGUGUAGUAAAAGGUAAUUCACACUACUCAAUACCAACAUUUGUCUUUCAUAGUUCUGAAAUUACAUAUUGAAAUCUGUCUGAGCUGAAUACUAGCACUCAAGGAUUAAGUCUCAAGAGUCAUGCAUGCCAAGUGUACUCAUGUUAGCCUGCACUCAAAUAUUGGAUCACAGUGCAUGAGAAAAUGAUUCUCUGCGUUGGUGCAUCAGCAGAUUUUUGAGAAUUUUUGCAUUUGGAGAUUUCUGAUUGACAGGGACAUCAGCUGUAAAGUGACUUGGCACCUUUGGUGAGAAUAAUCUUAUCACUUUCAAUGCUUUACAGCCCCUGUACUUGCGCUAUCUUUCAUUUGGAUUAUGGGAGAAGUUAUUCAUUAUUCAACUUACAUAUACAUUUCCUUUAAGUUUGAUAUCAUGUCUGAAUAACCAGCCUCAAUAUUAUCUCUCUCUCUCUGUUCAGUUCUUUUUAAAUUAAGUGAAUAAAGACAAAAAAAUGUCA